AUGAAGCACUGCAAAAGCGGCAACUGCUGGAUUUCCAUUGCCAACAACAAGGUCACGAUCCACGACCAUAAGGAUGGCAACAAGCCCGUCUACGACACCGACAUCGACGACUCCAACGAGGCAGAAUUCGACGAGUGGGCCAUGAACUCGGACAAACGUCAGCGACGAGGCACCAGCCCCAACCCCCCGGGUCGCAAUCUGUUCGCUAGGGACGGGUGCACCCAGGCGAACUGCCCGGAUGGCGACACUACCACAUGCAUUGACUAUGGCGGUGCUUCUUGCAUCAACUGCUACCAGACCGGUACCAAUGGCUACACCUGCUCGUACUAA